GUGGGUGGGGUGAACCGAGCACAUGGGGCUCACGGGGGACUGCAGCCUGGCCGCCCCUCACCAGGGUCUGCGAGCUCCGCGGGAGGGAACCGCUGCGUGGCCGCGGCUGAGGCGUGCACCGCGGACGCGCAGUGCCGGCAGCUUCGCACCGAGUACGUGGCGCGGUGCCUUGUCGGGGCCGCGCCCGGGGACUGUGUCCGCUCCCGCUGCCGCCGCGCCCUGCGCCGCUUCUUCGCCCGCGGACCUGCGGCGCUCACGCACCCGCUGCUCUUCUGCUCCUGUGCGGACCCGGCGUGCGCCGAGCGCCGGCGCCAGACCUUCGUGCCCGCCUGCGCCUUCGCGAGCCCUGGGCGCGCGCCGCCUUCCUGCCUGGCGCCCCUGGAGCGCUGCGAGCGCAGCCCGCUGUGCAGGCCGCGUGCGCGCCGGCGCCGGGCUCCGGGAACAGCUGCCCUCAGGACCGCGGCCGCCUCUGCCUGCACGCCUACGCCCGCCUCGUAGGCACCGCUGUCACCCCUAACUACGUGGACAACGCCAGCGCACGGGU